AUGGUGGGCCCAGCGUUACUCUUGGUGUCGGACUGGGACGAGACCAUUACCAGUCACGAUACAUUGUGCCUCAUUGCCCCCAAAAAAGAUGAGCUUAAACAGGGAACCCGCCCCUUCCAGUACUACGAGGACGAGUACUAUAAAGACCAGUCGGAUUUCAAGUCGCGCUAUGGCGCGGUCGAUUCAGAGGCCAAGCUGCUCCGGUACGUGGCGGAUGUGGCCCAAGCAGAGCAAGCUACGCUUGAUAAAGUGGUGGAUGGCGGCCUUUUCAAAGGUACCAAGAUCGAGGAUCGCCGGACACGCGCGCACCAGGUCCAAUUCCGCGAAGGAUGGCACACGGUGAAACAGAACGUGAGGGAAUUGUGGAAAGAUUCUGUUCGAUUCCAUAUCGUGAGUGUCAACUGGUCGCGGCGCUUUAUUCUUGAUGCACUUUUGCUGCAAGAUGGCAAACAACCGUGUGCGUGCCUCGAGACAGACUUGCAAAGUAUCUGCUUUGCCGAGAUCCAUGCGAACGAGAUUGAAGAGCACUGUGUCUCCGGCCAAUGUACCGGGCGCAUUGUUGGCCCAUUGGCCGAAGCCAAGCCUAUGUUGACCGGGAUGGACAAGCGCACAAUAUUCAACGCGAUCAAAGAACAAUACACUCCCAACUCUCCCCUGACCAUCUAUGUAGGUGACGGUCUGCACGAUCUGCCCUGCAUUCUAGAUGCCGACGUCGGUAUUCUGAUGGGAACAAACCCCCGGUUCUUGGAGAAGCUUGAGAAAGCCGACCUCAAGCAGCGACUCAUGACGCCUGUUGCGUGGAAAGAGGCGCUCGUAAAAAGCCAGCCUUGCUGCCCCGCGGGUAUUGUACACGUCGAGAGCUGGCACGAGGUCAUAGAAGUGAUUCAAGCGAUGGCCACAACGCUCGAGCAACUCGCGUGCCUGCGGUCCGAGGAUUGA